AUGUAUUGUGAACAAAAUAAUCGAUUAAUAAUCUAUCCUGAUUAUCAUCUUCAUCAAACUUAUCCUAUUGAAUAUCAAAAACAAGAAAUCAAUAAACAUAUUCAGAUUUUACAACAAUGGCUCGACAAUAAUAUCGAAAAAGAUUCAACUGAUGAUGAAACAGAUAUCUAUUUUGAUUGUAUCGGCCAACAAGAAUUCGAUAACAAUGUUGAUAGUCAAUACUCAGGAAUCAAUUGUCAAGAUUAUGUAUACGAUGAUAAUCUUAUUCAGAUACCUACUACCAAUUAUUCAUGGAUAUCGGAAAUUUGGUUAUCAAUACAUCGAAAAACUGGUCUAUUACGUCGUUUUCUUAAUUGUAUUAAUCAAUCUAGAAAACGAUCAUUAACAAAUGUAGUUGAAGAAUUCGUUCGUAUACACGGUGGCUCCUUUAAUCAUCCAAUUGGUUCUCGUGUAAGUCUAAUUAUCAUUAAAAAGAAUCUUUGA